CAUGGCGGCGGCGGCGGGUGUCCCCCCGCCGGGUCCGCCGCAGCCGCCUCCGCCGCCGCCGCCUGAGGAGUCGUCCGACAGCGAGCCCGAGGCGGAGCCCGGCUCCCCGCAGAAGCUCAUCCGCAAGGUGUCCACGUCGGGCCAGAUCCGCCAGAAGACCGUCAUCAAAGAGGGGAUGCUGACCAAACAGAACAACUCAUUCCAGCGAUCAAAAAGGAGAUACUUUAAGCUUCGAGGGCGAACGCUGUACUAUGCAAAAACUGCCAAGUCGAUCAUAUUUGAUGAGGUGGACCUGACAGACGCCAGCGUGGCUGAAUCCAGCACCAAAAACGUCAACAACAGCUUUACGGUCAUCACUCCAUGUAGGAAACUCAUCCUAUGUGCAGAUAACAGAAAAGAGAUGGAAGACUGGAUCGCAGCACUGAAGACGGUCCAGAGCAGGGAGCACUUUGAGCCUACCCAGUACAGCAUGGACCACUUCUCAGGGAUGCACAACUGGUACGCCUGCUCCCACGCGAGGCCCACCUACUGCAAUGUGUGCCGAGAGGCUCUGUCUGGGGUCACGUCCCACGGACUGUCCUGUGAAGUGUGUAAGUUUAAGGCCCACAAACGCUGUGCUGUGCGUGCGACCAGUAACUGCAAGUGGACCACGCUGGCCUCCAUCGGGAAGGACAUCAUCGAGGACGAGGACGGGAUCGCCAUGCCUCACCAGUGGCUGGAGGGGAACCUGCCCGUGAGCGCCAAGUGCACGGUGUGCGACAAGACCUGCGGCAGUGUGCUGCGUCUGCAGGACUGGCGCUGCCUCUGGUGCAAGGCCAUGGUGCACACGGCGUGUAAAGAAUCCUUACUGACCAAGUGCCCGCUGGGCCUGUGCAAAGUGUCGGUCAUCCCGCCCACCGCUCUCAACAGCAUCGAUUCCGAUGGCUUCUGGAAGGCCACGUGUCCUCCAUCCUGCACGAGUCCAUUGUUGGUCUUCGUCAAUUCAAAAAGUGGGGAUAACCAGGGUGUGAAGUUCCUCAGAAGAUUCAAGCAGCUGCUGAACCCUGCCCAGGUCUUUGACCUCAUGAAUGGAGGACCACACCUUGGCCUACGCUUGUUCCAGAAGUUUGAUACGUUCCGGAUUCUGGUUUGUGGUGGAGAUGGCAGUGUUGGUUGGGUCCUCUCUGAAAUCGACAGCCUCAACCUUCACAAACAGUGUCAGCUGGGAGUGCUGCCCCUCGGCACAGGGAAUGACCUGGCUCGCGUGUUAGGCUGGGGCUCGGCCUGUGACGACGACACCCAGCUCCCACAGAUCUUGGAGAAGCUGGAAAGAGCCAGCACCAAGAUGCUGGACAGGUGGAGCGUCAUGGCCUACGAGACCAAACUCCCCCGGCCGGCCUCCUCUUCCACUGUCACCGAAGACUUGAGUGAGGGCUCCGAGGUGCAGCAGAUCCUCUUCUAUGAAGACUCGGUCGCGGCCCAUCUCUCUAAGAUCCUGACCUCCGACCAGCACUCGGUGGUGAUCUCAUCGGCCAAAAGCCUCUUCCCGCGUUCCCCCCACAGAGUGCUCUGCGAGACCGUGAAGGACUUCGUGGCUCGGGUGGGGAAGGCCUACGAGAAGACCACCGAGAGCUCGGAGGAGUCGGAGGUCAUGGCCAAGAAGUGCUCUGUCCUGAAAGAGAAGCUGGAUUCUCUCCUCAAGACCCUGGAUGAUGAGUCCCAGGCCUCGUCCUCUCUGCCCACGCCGCCCCCCACCAUCGCCGAGGAGGUGGAAGACGGGGAGGGGGCGGGCAGCAGCUGUGGCUCCGGCUCCCGCGGGGACCGCGCCGUGGGGUCGGCCUGCCCAGCCCGGCCGCAGAUAUUCCGUCCUCGGGAGCAGCUCAUGCUGAGAGCCAACAGCCUGAAGAAGGCGAUUCGCCAGAUCAUAGAGCACACAGAGAAAGCUGUGGACGAGCAGAACGCCCAGACCCAAGAGCAGGAGGGGUUCAUCUUAGGUCUCUCCGAGUCGGAGGAGAAGAAGGACCUGAAAUCGGACGACAGAGCGUGCCACGGCGAGGGCCACGGCGCUGCCAAGGGCAGGAGCCUCCGCAGAGUGUCCAAAUCCCCGUGUGAAAAGCUGAUAAGCAAAGGAAGCUUGUCCCUGGGCGGUUCUGCCUCUCUUCCUUUGCAGUCAGGAAACCGGGACAGCCUGCCAGCACUGAACACGAAGAUCCUGUUCCCGAAUGUUCGCGCUGGGAUGUCUGGUUCCUUGCCUGGAGGUUCAGUCAUCAGUCGAUUAUUAAUUAAUGCCGAUCCCUUUAACUCCGAACCAGAAAACCUAGAGUAUUACACAGAGAAGUGCGUCAUGAACAAUUACUUCGGCAUCGGCCUGGAUGCGAAGAUCUCCCUGGACUUCAACAACAAGCGUGACGAGCACCCCGAGAAGUGCAGGAGCCGAACCAAGAACAUGAUGUGGUAUGGAGUCCUCGGCACCAGAGAGCUGCUGCACAGAACCUACAAGAACCUGGAGCAGAAGGUCCUGCUGGAGUGUGACGGGCGACCCAUCCCACUGCCCAGUCUCCAGGGAAUUGCUGUCCUCAACAUUCCCAGCUAUGCUGGAGGGACCAACUUCUGGGGGGGCACCAAGGAGGACGAUACCUUUGCAGCCCCGUCAUUCGAUGACAAGAUCUUGGAGGUGGUCGCGGUGUUCGGCAGCAUGCAGAUGGCCGUCUCCCGUGUCAUAAAGCUGCAGCAUCACCGAAUCGCUCAGUGUCGCACGGUGAAGAUCUCCAUCCUGGGGGAUGAGGGCGUACCUGUGCAGGUGGACGGAGAGGCCUGGAUCCAGCCGCCAGGGUACAUUCGGAUUAUCCACAAGAACCGGGCCCAGACGCUCACCAGGGACCGGGCCUUUGAGAACACCCUGAAGUCCUGGGAGGACAAGCAGAAGUGUGAGCUGCCCCGCCCUCCGCCGUUCUCUCUGCACCCGGAGAUCCUGUCCGCGGAGGAAGCCGACCAGAUGGACCGGUUUGGGCGGGCAGCGGGGGCCCUCAUCCACAGUAUCCGGGAAAUAGCGCAGUCCCACCGAGACGUGGAGCAGGAGCUCGCCCACGCCGUCAACGCCAGCUCCAAGUCCAUGGACCGAGUGUACGGCAGGCCCAGGGCCACAGAGGGGCUGAGCUGCAGCUUCGUGCUGGAGAUGGUGAAUAACGUCAGAGCUCUGCGCAGCGAGACGGAGCUGCUGCUGGCGGGGAAGCUGGCCCUGCAGUUGGACCCCCCUCAGAAGGAGCGGCUCACGGCUGCCCUCGUCGAGAUGGGCCAGCAGCUCAGGAAGCUGGCGGACACCCCCUGGCUGUGCCAGCCCAUGGAGCCUGGUGAGGAAGAGAACGUGAUGCUGGAUCUUUCCAAGCGCAGCCGCAGCGGUAAAUUCCGCCUGGUGACCAAGUUUAAGAAGGAGAAGAAUAACAAGAACAGAGAAGCUCGCAGCAGCCUGGGAGCCCCGGUUCACCUCUGGGGCACAGAGGAGGUUGCUGCCUGGCUGGAGCACCUCAGUCUCUGUGAGUAUAAGGACAUCUUCACGCGGCACGACAUCCGGGGCUCAGAGCUCCUGCACCUGGAGCGGAGGGACCUUAAGGACCUCGGCGUGACCAAGGUGGGCCACAUGAAGAGGAUCCUGUGUGGCAUCAAGGAGCUGAGCCGCAGCACCCCUGCCGCCGAGGCCUAGCCUCCGCCCUCUGGGCCUGCGUUCCCCGCGCCUCCCGCGACUGAGCCGGCCCGGCGCCGCUCAUGGUGCUACUCCCGCCGCUCCGACCCGGCCCGGCGGCCCGGCUUCCGGGUCCCGACCCGCAACACAGCUACCUUCCAGCCGCCGCCGCCCCCGCCCCGGGCCUGGGCUCCUCCGCGUGCCCUCCGCGUGCAGCGUGGGGCACCGUCUCCCGCCCCGCCGGCGCGCUGCAUCCCCGCGCGUCCCAGUCCCCUGGUGUGAGCGCGGCCUGGCUGCCUUCCGUCCCGCCGGUUCAGUUUGACACGAAGGCGACGCUGGCUCCCCCUUAAGCCCAGCACACGGUAGUUAAGGUCCGGGGCUGACGAGCUCGCGCCCCGUCCGUCUCGGUCCCUGGACCGCGGGCGCGGGGUCCGCUCUGUGCCCAGGACGCCUGGCCUGUCGUCUCCCCGCGGACAGAGGCUGGUCCGUGUUUCUGUGUGGAGGAGGCUUCCCGGGCUGCCGGGGGCGUCAGGGGCCGCCCAGAGUUUCUCACCCCGGGGCGACUUCUCGCCUCGAGCCGCCAGGUCGGCGUCCCUCCGCGGGGAGGAAGCUGAGCCGGGACCGGCCCCGGCGGCACCCCGGGCCUCACCGCCGGGGACUUGGCCCUUUUCUCCCCUUCCGCCUCCCGGCAAGGGGCCCGUGGGGCGCGCGGCGGAGCAGCGUUGACCUGCCGCUCGCUUCGCACACGCGCUGCCGGCUCCCCGCCCGCCGCGCAGUCGGCCGCUGCCUCUGGCCGGCGGGGGCUCCCCUGGCGGGCCUCCCGGCGCUGAGCUCGGCCGAGGCCCUGUCCCAGGCCAGCUUGUCCCCGCGGGCGGGGUGGCCGCGCUCUGCACGUGCGCUCAGCCGCCCCCCGGAGGUGAGACCCGGCGGUUGUGUGUCACUCUCCGCCCCGAGGUUCCCGCCCAUCAGAGCCGCUGCCGCCGCUGCGGGUGGAGGGAGGUGGAGGAAACCCAGUCGCCACAAGUCCCUGGGUUUCAAAGUAGAACAGGCUGGCCCGGCCCGCGGUGCCAGACGCCGUCUGCUCUGUUGCUUCGGGCGGGGGCACCCCGGGCUCUGAGGCCCUCAGGGCCGACGCACAGGCGGGGACUCGGCGGAGGAGGGCGCACCGCGGCCCUCAGCGCCCUCCCGCGGGAAAGCCUUAGGCUUAGGUCAAGCGUGGUGUUUAAAGGUAAUGUCGUCAGUGAUUAGAGCGACACUGUUUACGUGAAACCACUUUCUGAGGGUAGUAAGUUAGAGCGAGUGGCAUAAACACGAGCGUUGCGCGAAGCCGCGUCCGCAGGGCGGCGUCCCACGCGCGUUGUGGUGCGUGUUGCCGCGCGUGGGGCUGCCCUCCGGGCCCCCGGCCCUCCGUGCGGCUGGACGGCUGUCCCUCGGGGCCCCGCGGUCUCACGGUCCUGUCAGUGUAGAGGGAGGGAGGAGGGAUCCCUGGAGUCUUGGAGAAAAGGUUUUGUGCCCUCUGGUGGGGCUUUCCCCAUAUUUAUGAUCUUAAUUUAUACAGCGCCCACCGUGGAAGCAAACGCCUCCUGUAUCGCUAUGUACAUAUCCACAUCUGGGGUUGUAAAUACGUUGUUCUGUGUAUAAAUAAAACAAGCCUGUUUUUGAUCUUA